UUGACGGCAAUUAUCAGCUAUCUCAUUAGACCAAAAAAAUCAACUGUGGCAAUACUAUCCAUUCUCCUUACAUAAGAGGUAGCCCCUGUCAGUGUGUCAGUCGUGUCGUGAAAAAUUCUGCCAACUACACGGAUCAACAAAAUGUUUGCCCAACGUACUUCUGCUCUUUUGGUCCCCUUGGCCGUUGAGGCUACUUUGCAGGCUCAACAGCAGCGUGGUAUGGCUACCUUAAAAGCCAUUUCCAUCCGCUUGAAGUCCGUUAAGAAUAUUCAGAAGAUUACGCAAUCCAUGAAGAUGGUGUCAGCUGCCAAAUAUUCGCGUGCUGAACGUGAUUUGAAGGCUGCCCGUCCCUAUGGCUUGGGCGCCCAACAAUUCUUUGAGAAGACCGAAAUCCAACCCGACGAAAAGGCUGAACAGAAGAAAUUGUACAUUGCCAUGACCUCUGAUCGUGGUUUGUGCGGCGCUGUGCACACCGGUGUUGCUCGUUUCAUUCGUAAUGAAAUGGGCAAGGACAGCUCUAACACCAAAAUCAUCUGUGUGGGUGACAAAUCCCGUUCCAUUUUGUCCCGUUUGUAUGGCAAGGAAAUUUUGUUUGUUGCCAAUGAGGUUGGCCGUUUGCCUCCUACCUUCAUUGAUGCUUCUCGCAUUGCUCAUGAAGUGAUGAAGUGUGGCUACGACUUCACUGAGGGCAGCAUCGUCUUCAACCGUUUCAAGUCGGUUGUGUCCUACCAAUGUUCCACAUUGCCCAUCUUUAGUUCACCCACAGUCGAAAAGUCCGACAAGUUGGCUGUAUACGACUCUUUGGAUGCCGACGUUAUUCAGAGCUACUUGGAAUAUUCGUUGGCCUCCCUCAUCUUCUACACCAUGAAGGAGAGCGCUUGCUCCGAACAAUCUUCUCGCAUGACUGCCAUGGACAAUGCUUCCAAGAACGCCGGUGAAAUGAUUGAGAAGUUGACAUUGACAUUCAACCGUACCAGACAGGCUGUCAUUACUCGUGAGUUGAUUGAAAUCAUCUCUGGUGCUGCUGCUCUGGAUUAAGCAUUCUAUACUGCUACUAGCCAGCCUUAGGCAUAAUAAUACAAUUCGAAAGAAACUCCCAAAACAGAAAUUCAAACGAAUUAAAAAUUCAAAACAACAUUAUAACAGCAACCGCAUAUUUUGUAGUUGCAUUCCAGUUUUGGUUUACGAUGCAAAGAGAAAUUCAAUAAAGAAACACAAAACACUGA